AUGAGGCCAGCACGGCAUGCGCUACCUCCCUCGAGCAGCCUGCCUGCUUUGCGCUCUCUAGACGUGCUCACGGAGGAACAAGUUUUGGCGGCGCUGGGCAAUCUCUAUGCGCUUUACUGUCCACUGCCGCCGUCGCUGGCUUUUCAACCUCACGCCAGAUUCAAGGAGUCGCCCUUCCCGGAUUCCGGUUAUACCUCUGGAAAUGAGGAAGACGAGGGCAAAGACGGAGUGAAGGAUGCGGAGGAAGAGAACGACUCACUUCGCGACGACGCCUUCGAGCGGUCCUUCGCUGAGCGCUGGCUGACAGGCUUCAUCGGGUGCGCCGAAGAACUAUCAUGCUUCAGCAACGAGGACGUAAGGCAGCGCGCCAUCGACAGGGCGUCCUGCGUGCUGGCCUCGUUCUACCCCAGUGCAGCAGACGAAGAUGACGAGGACAUCCAGAUCACGCGCGAGUUCCACUUCACUCUCGUACCAGACGCGGCACGCGCGGAGGAAGUCCCAAUCAACGUGUGCGUCACCGAUGGACUUGCAGGCAGGGAUGUUUCGGACCAUACGGACGUGGGACUUCAAAGCUGGGGCGCGGCCAUUGUCUUCUCCGAGCUCAUGUGCGCCUCGCCAUCGCGUUUGGGAAUCACGCAGGAUGCCCUUGGCUCGGCGCCACGGAUCAUCGAACUUGGGGCCGGGACCGGACUUGUCAGUCUUGUGCUCGGGAAGAUGCUGCCUCACGUUGGCAUCACGGAUUCCACGGUGGUUGCGACAGACUACCAUUCCGCCGUCCUUGCGAACCUGACUUCUAACAUCGCCGCGAACUUCCCUUCUAAAGACCGGUUACCGAUUCAGACGUCGCUGCUUGACUGGUCCGCGCCCGACCUCGCGCCGCCUUUGGACGUCCCGGCAGACAUGCUCGUCGCAACAGAUGUGGUCUACGAGCCCAAGCACGCAGUCUGGCUACGCGACUGCGCAGCCCGUCUCCUAGCCCCCGACGGUGUGUUCUGGCUCGUGGCAACUGUACGGCGCACCGGUCGCUUCGAGGGCAUUAGCGACACAGUCAGGGGCGCAUUCACCAGCCGGGAUGGGGUCAAGGACGAAGCUGGGCGCGUGUUGGCAGUCCUUCACGAAGAAAGACUUGAGAAGAAGCGAGGUAUCGGACGGGGUGACGAGAGCGAGUACAAGCUUUUCCGAAUCGGCUGGGCUUAG